AUGGCGCAGAGGCGAGCGGCGGCGGCGGCGGAGAGCGCCCGGCACCAGCGGCUCCUGGAAGGAAAAGCUCAGGCAGAAGGCGGAUCUGCUCGAACGUCCCUUCUGAUUUUGGUGUCCGUCUUCACAAUAGCUGCUUUCCUUAUGUUUCUGGUAUAUAAAAAUUUCCCACAGCUCAGUGAAGAAGAAGGAAAAUGUAUAAAGAUUCCAAGAGAUAUGGAUGAUGCAAAGGCCUUGGGAAAAGUCCUGUCCAAAUACAAAGACACAUUUUAUGUUCAAGUAUUAGUGGCUUAUUUUGCCACAUAUGUUUUCUUGCAAACAUUUGCUAUCCCUGGGUCUAUAUUUCUCAGUAUCCUGUCGGGGUUUCUUUAUCCCUUUCCACUGGCCUUAUUUCUUGUUUGUCUGUGUUCAGGACUUGGAGCUUCGUUCUGCUACAUGCUUUCAUACUUAGUGGGACGACCUGUUGUAUACAAAUACUUAACGGAAAAAGCAGUGAAGUGGUCAGAACAGGUUGAGCGUCACAGAGAACACCUCAUCAACUACAUAAUAUUUUUGAGAAUAACACCGUUUCUUCCUAAUUGGUUUAUCAAUAUAACAUCUCCUGUAAUAAAUGUGCCGUUAAAAGUAUUUUUCAUUGGCACUUUUCUAGGUGUGGCACCGCCAUCUUUUGUAGCCAUUAAGGCAGGAACAACACUAUACCAACUUACAACAGCAGGGGAAGCUGUUUCCUGGAACUCUCUUUUUGUUCUCAUGAUUCUAGCCAUCCUCUCCAUCCUACCAGCUCUCUUCCAGAAGAAACUGAAACAGAAGUUUGAGUAAUGAUCAAACUGAACCCGAAUUUCCCAUGUUUCAUCUCAGGAUUGGCACUUCUGAUAUUUGUAUAUUUGCUUUUCUAUUGGCUCGUAAGCGUUUUAAAGGGAAGCUUGUGAUGGUAGGAAUUUGAAGACACGUUGAUGAACACGUGGCCUGGGAGAACUGUGUUCAGAAAUGUACUGCGGACAGUUUGAAACCAAACCAUCAGUGUUCUGCUCUGGGGAGUGAGGAUGGUGUGUGUGGCCCUCAGGAUGAGGGAACUGAAAACAGAUGUUUUGCUCUGAUAAUACACAGAGCAGAAGUUGUAAUGUAGACAUGAGCUACAGAUUGCUUUCUAAAACUUGCAAGAAAAAAAAAAAUCCCUUAAUUAUUUGCUCAGAUUUUGUAACAUUGUCAACAUUUCUGUAGCCUUGAAUGUGAUCUGAUCUGAGCACACCUCUCAUCAACAUUUUUUUCUUUCUGGAAUUCCAAAAUAAUAGCAUAAUAGAAUAACGGUGCUCACUCAGACUUAUUUUUUCUGAAUAGUUGUGUGACUGACUGCGAUAAUACGUUCAUCCUGAUUGUUUACUUCUAUUAGUGCUGUAUGGAUUUAAAUACUUGAACCUACAUCUGCUUUACUAACUGGAUUAACAAAGGCAAAGUGUCAGAUCAUUCUGUCUCAUAUUCUGAUUUUUUUCUUUGGGAGGGAAUGUAAGAGGAGCUAGAAUUCUUACUGUGCCCAGCUGAUGUUCUAAAUGUAACUUUUUUAACGUUCAUCUUGCCAAUAAUUUCACUUGCAUACAUUUAUCCUGCAAAUUCAAGAAAAUGAUCAUAUUUAUAUAAAACUUUAACUUCAAGUGAAUUAAGGAUGUGUAAGUUUAGCGUAUUACUAACGUUUCUCAAGCAUCAUACAAAGAAUAUACAGUUUUUCAUUGUAGCACAAUUGGCUAGGAGCAUCAGGUACGUAAAUUGGUGCAGUUCUUGUAAAAUAGCUGGUUCCCAAUACUCUUCAGAGCAUCAAGUAACAGAAUUUGGUGAACAUACAUGAGAUCAGAAGGAUGAUUCCAUUUUCUGGCGAGUCGGUAAGUGGCAGUGGACAACCAGCUACAGUUUAUCUUUAAAAAUAUGCAUAGAACUAUUCACUAAAUGAGGUAUGUGGUACCUCGCCUUGUAUGGUUAGAACUUGUAGUCUGUUGUACUGUCAGUGGAAUCCUGUAAAAUGAGGCCCUGAUCAGCAAGGAACUUGGGUGCGUUUAAGUUUAUCCUACUGCAACCAGUGCUGCUUAUAGGCUUUAAGUUUCUGCCCCUGAAGUACCUUGCUGAAACACGAGUUGGCAUGUUAGCAUAUCUCUAGUUCAAGGGUUUACUUGUCUGUGUCCUCAUGUUAACUCAUCAUGCAAUAGAUCAUUUGAGUUGUAAGAGAAUAGUUCCCUAAAUGGGAUAAUGUGAAAGGUACUGGUACCUUUUUAAAGAAUUUUGUUCUUUUUGUAACAUAAUGUUGAUUGACUCAAUUUUAUUGCAGUAUUAUGUGUAAAUAUAUAGUAAAUACUGAUGAACUAUUACUGUCUUUUAUUUAAAUCUGGGUUUUAUAUAGGUAACUUCUGUUUACAAAUUUAUUGUAAGCAUUUAGCUUCAGGAGUUGUUUUCUUAUUUAGAAUUUACUCUAAAAAUAUACUUCGUUGUCAUUUAAAACUUAAUGAUUUUUUUUUUUUAAUUGCUGUGAUUCUAAUCUCAGAGCUCAUCUACCUAGAGGAUUUGUUCCGUAAUAAAUAGUAGCUGUUGUGAGCCAAGUGCCACUGGACUACUGAGUGUGAAAUAGCUGUAGAUUUACAGCCCAUUCAUCUGCAGAGUUAAUUUUUCAUGCAGCUUAACUCAGAAUAAAUUACAUGUUGCCCAGUGGCUUUUCUGAAAUUGCCUCAAUUUUUGUCAUUAACAGAUGCUGUUGUAGAAUUCCUUCAACACUAUAUAAAAUUAAUGCUUUGGUGGAACCUUGACACUAAAGAAGGAAAGAACUUCAUUUUGAAUGAAUCAUGCUAUCACUUGGCACUUUUAUUGAGUUAUGUUUGUUUCACUGUGUAGAUGGGAUCAUGAAAAAUCUGUUUCAGCUGUAGGGAAAGUUCCCAACAUGGUGGCUAAAAGCCUUAAAACCUUAAAAAGGAUGAAAAGAAGGUUAUUUCCUUUUACAAAACCUUAGCUUUUUUUUUUUUUUUUUUUUUCUUAAACCUACCCCUUCCAUGUUUAUCUUCAGCUUCCAAUGCUCAGGCAGUUCCCCAUCCUAUGAGGACUACUGAAGUAGUUGAGAAAAGGCAGAGAAGUGCUGUGUUGUGGAGUAAGGUACCACUCCAGUCUUUGUGGAAUGCAGCCAGUAGUCUGCAAGAUAGCCAUAGCAUCUACCAGAAGUAAACUGGCAAAUCAGGAAGGUGUAGUUGAGUUAAACUACGAAAAAUUGGAGGUGACCUGACUUUGACCUGUUCAUCUUCUGGAAUUUUAUGUAAAUUAUAUCUGCAUGACAUCCUUACGAAAUGCCUCUUGCCAUUUGAUAAUAAAGCUAUUAUAUUAAAUUUGAAAUACUGUAUUUUUUGAGUAUGAUGAAAUAUGCCGAACUUUCCACUAAACUAAAUUUUUAAUGAAUCUAUUUAAAAGGGGUGAGUUCCUUUGAAGUGGAAUUUUUUUUAAUGACUUGAAAAAUUAAACUGAACUGAUGAGCAUGUCUGUGGAUGGGA